AUGCCAUUCUUUACUCAUGGUGCAAUAUUGGUUCCGUUUAUACUAUCUAUGGUCUCUCUUUCUGCCUUACAUUUUAGUCUAUCGCCCUUUCUUUCUUACAUUUUAGUCUCUCUUUCUACCUUACAUUUUAGUCUGUCGCCCUUUCUUUCUAACAUUUUAGUCUCUCUUUCUGCCUUACAUUUUAGUCUAUCGCUCUUUCUGCCUUACAUUUUAUCUAUCGCCAUUUCUUUUUUUAUUUUUAGUCUAUCUCUCUUACUUUCUUUCGUCCACCAUCGUUCACUUUUCUUCUCUUCCAGUCAACCUUUCUUUCUAGUUUGCAACCCCCCCUUCCCCACAAACCACGACAUCCAAAUAAUAGAAAAAAUACCAGAAAUAAAACUACAAAGCAUAUACACUUCACUCAUAGAUUCCUCUUCUUUUAUUCUGUCUCUCUCUCUCUCUCCACUCGUAGCCGUUCCUCGUAGAAUUCUCGCUUUCUCACUAGCUUCCCCCUUCUCUCUCUCUCUCUUUCUUUCUCUCUCUCUCUCUCUCUCUCUCUCUCUCUCUCUCUCUCUCUCUUAUACGCUUUCCGUGAAUGUAACUUUUGGGAUUAUCUUCUAUGGGUAUCAGUUUUCGGUACCUUUCCCAGGACGACGUCCGUCUAAUACAGUUUCUCAUCUAUGUAUGAUCUGA